AUGACUGUCCAAAUUGACAAAUGGGUAUCAGAGUGUGACAAAUGUCAGCGUGAGGGGAAGCCUGUGGCAGCUACGGCGCCUCUGCAAAACAUAAAAGUGUCUGCGGUCUGGGAGUUGGGACGUGAAUUUGUCGAUGAGCUUAACUCUGCCCUUUGUGACCUCAUGCACAUCGAGAGGAGCAUAACAGCAGCUUAUCACCCUCAGACAAAUGUUCUGGAUGUAGAAACAAAUUACAACAUAAAGCGAGCUUUGAUGAAGGUGGUCAAUGAUCAGCAAAAUAAUUGGGACGUCUACUUGGAGGCUACUUUGUUUUCACUUCGAUCAAAGCCCCAAAGCUCGACCGAACACACUCCGUUCAAACUGAUGUACGGCAGAGAGGCAGUGCUCCCCGCAGAGGUCCCUGUGGAUAUUCCUGAUUAUGAAGAGUUUGUCUGCAAAAAAUGCCAAAAAGAUCUACAGAAUGGUGUUCAACUGUGA